AUGCCGCCGAGACGAAAUGCGCCUGCGGGUAACAACGAUAAUAUCUCUGCAAUAGAUCGUAUGGCUCAAGCAAUGAACGAUAAUAUCUCUGCAAUAGAUCGUAUGGCUCAAGCAAUGGAGAGAAUGGCUGAGUUUAUGCUAGCUAUGGCUCAAGCAAUGGAGAGAAUGGCUGAGUUUAUGCUAGCCCAGCAAGGUCAGAACCAAAACCAGGGGCAGCCACGGGUGGAUUUUGCUAAGGCCAUAGCAAGCCAACAACCACCGUACUACGCAGGAGAAAAGGACCUGGUGAUUUUGGAGGAGUGGAUCCGAACGUUCGACAAGUUGCUUAACGAAGUGAAUUGUCUUGCGAAUCAGCGAGUACCUUCUGCAGUCUAUUACUUGACGAAAGCCGCGGACAAUUGGUGGGCGACAGUCGGACCUGAUCUUCUGCAAGACCCAGCGUUUGGUUGGGAAGAAUUCAAGGUGGAAUUAAGGGAACAAUUCUACACUGAGCGUAUUAAAGGGAUUAAAUGCGAGGAGUUCCUCCGACUAAAGCAGAAGGGAGCAACUAUCCAGGAAUAUUAUGACCAAUACGUAGAGCUGAUGCGUUUUACACAAGAGAUUGUACCUGACGAGGCAAGUAAGGCAAGAAGAUUCGUUCGGGGAUUGGACUGGAGCAUAAGGGGAAUGAUCGCACCAUUCAUGUGCUCUACCUUGAAAGAGGCGUAUGAUAGAGCCUCGGAUCAUUAUCAAGUGUACCUGGACCAACAGGAAGUCUACGGCCGAAGAAAGAGGAAAGCUGAUGACAAGUCUCGGAAGUUUCCGUCAGGAAACAAGAAGGCAACCAAGGCAGCUUCAAUCCAGUACGAGGAAGAGUAG